AUGACGAAAAUUUCCGAUCUUCCUCGGGAUUUGGCAGAGGAGGUGCUCUCUAGGGUCCCAGUGACAUACCUAAGAGCAAUACGAUUCACUUGCAAAAAGUGGAACACUUUAACCAAACGUAGAAGCUUUACAAAGAAGCUGAUUGGUCAAGAAAAAGCCGAAGCAAAAGUGAAAGAGUUUCAUGCGAUCAUGACGUUGAAUUCUAGACUUCAUCUGAUGAGCGUCAAUCUAGAUGGAAUUCACAAAGACGAAAACGUUGAAUCAUCUAUAAAGCAGAAAGGUAAACUUAUUAGCCUAACCGUUGCUGAUCCUGAUAGAAUAGUUAUAUCUCAAGUUUAUCACUGCGAUGGUUUGUUGUUAUGCAUCACCAAUGAAAUAAACUCUAGGCUUGUAGUUUGGAACCCUUAUAGUGGGCAAACUAGGUGGAUCGAACCUAGAACUUCUUACCGCGAAUGGGACAUCUACGCUCUAGGAUACGAGAGUAAGAACAACGCCAAACGAAGCUACAAAAUUUUGAGAUAUUUGGAUGCUUACGAGGACAUGGGCGAUAUGAGUGUAGAGCCUCGAACUAGAGUUUGCGAGUUUGAAAUCUACAGUCUUGACACUAACUCUUGGAAGGUCAUCGAGGUCACUACCGACUGGGAUUUAUGUUUUCUUCACCGUGGCGUGACUCUCAAGGGAAAUACUUAUUGGUUUGCUCGAGAGAAGAUCCCACCACCCCCACGUGAAAGAGUGAUAGAAGAUAUCCCACUAGGUGAAGCAGAGAUAAACGUAGAGAUCCCUAGUUUCUUACUAUGUUUUGAUUUUACAAUAGAGAAAUUUGGAUCGCGUCUGCCUCUGCCAUUUCGGCCUUGUGUUGAUGAUACCAUAACUCUAUCUAGUGUUAGAGAAGAGAAACUUGCGGUGUUAUAUCAGCGAUGGGAUAUAACGUGGACGGGGAUAUGGAUUAGUAAUAAGAUUGAGCCUAAUGCAGUGUCGUGGAGCAAGCUAUUUUUUCCAAUGGGUAGGAUAAGACCACUCGAGGCUGCAUCUGGUACUUUCUUCGUUGACGAAGAGAACAAACUCGUGGUGCUUUUUGAUAAAGGCGAGAGUAUACUUAACCCCACUCGUAACACAGCUUACAUCGUUGGAGAAGAUGGAUACAUCAAACCAGUGGAUCUCGGUGAGUCUGUACACAAAUAUUGCUUUCCACUUGCGUGCUCUUAUGUUCCAAGUUCUGUGCAAAUCUAG